UUAUGACAAAUGAUAGUGGUUUCCCAUAUAAGUGGCAGUAUAAAGUUUCCAUUUAACGUGGAUGGAGUUCUUGUAAAAAGGUAGUAGAUUUAAAUAAGACAUAAUAGGUAAGUCAUAGUGCCAGAGGUACCAGGAGUGACCGAAGUUGUGAAAGUGCCAAGUGGACAACACUGCCUUAGCCCACCUCAGGUGGGAGCCCCACAGACCUGGCUUCAAGUCUGGGGAAGCUCAGCCACCUUUGACAUCAUUUAUACAUGUAUGGGCAAAUUUCUUAACCUUCAAGCCUUUAUCCUCAUCUGAUAAGCUGAAGAUCAUACUAAUUACUACUUCAGAAGACUGUUCCUGAGGCUUCAAUGGUCCAGUUUUCUUUUGACUGCCACAUAUGGACUCCCAAAAGUCUCCGAAGGAAACUGUCCUCAUUACAGGAGGAGGUGGCUAUUUUGGUUUCCGCCUGGGCUGUGCUCUGAACCAGAAGGGAGUCCAUGUGAUUCUGUUAGAUAUCAGCAGCCCUGCUCAUACCAUUCCAGAAGGAAUCACGUUUAUACGCGGAGACAUCCGCCACCUCUCUGAUAUAGAGAAAGCCUUCCAGGAUGUGGACAUAACUUGUGUGUUCCAUAUUGCCUCUUAUGGUAUGUCAGGGCGGGAGCAGCUAAAUCGAAAGCUGAUCGAAGAAGUCAAUGUGGGGGGCACAGACAACAUCCUCCAGGCUUGCUGGAGGAGAGGGGUGCCAAGAUUAGUUUACACUAGCACUUUCAAUGUUGUGUUUGGAGGUCAAGUUAUCAAAAAUGGAGAUGAAUCUCUCCCUUACGUACCUCUUCACCUCCAUCCUGAUCACUACUCUCGGACCAAAUCUAUUGCAGAGAAGAAGGUGCUAGAAGCCAAUGGUACAUCCCUGGAUAAAAGCAAUGGUGUCUUAAGAACUUGUGCUCUGAGGCCAGCUGGCAUAUAUGGGCCUGGAGAACAAAGGCACCUUCCUAGAAUAGUGAGCUAUAUUGAGAGGGGUCUGUUCAAGUUUGUGUACGGGGAUCCCAAGAGCCUGGUUGAAUUUGUCCACGUGGAUAACUUGGUGCAGGCUCACAUUCUGGCCUCAGAGGCCCUGAAAGCUAACAAGGGCUACAUUGCCUCUGGGAAGCCCUACUUCAUCUCAGAUGGCAUACCCGUAAACAACUUUGAGUUCUUCCGGCCUUUGGUUGAGGGCCUGGGCUACUCAUUCCCAUCCAUUCGCCUACCCUUGAACCUCAUCUACUGUUUUGCUUUCCUAUCAGAGAUGGCCUACUUUGUUUUGGGGCAACUCUACAACUUCCAGCCCUUCCUCACCCGCACAGAAGUUAAUAAAACUGGCAUCACACAUUACUUUAGCCUAGAGAAGGCCAAGAAGGAGCUAGGUUAUGAGCCUCAGCCAUUUGACCUCCAGGAAAUAGUAGAAUGGUUUAAAGCCCGUGGUCAUGGCAGAAGUCCUGGGAGUCAUGACUCUGAGUGUCUUAUUUGGGUUGGGCUGUUGGUCUUACUCUUGGUUGUAGCAGUUUCUACAUGGCUGUCCUUUGUGGGUUUUUCACUGUGAAGGGUGAGUUAAGAAUAAGGAGCUGACCACACUUGCUGAGAUGGUUUCACAAAGAAAGAGGACUUCUUAAUCGGUAUAGAUAUCUGGUGCCAAAUUUUGGCUCUUCAAAUUGCUACUUAAGGAUAGAUUAUUGGAUUAAGUUUUAAUUUCUUAUCUCCUUGUACUAAUCCUGAUGGGAGAAAAAAGAGGCAGAUAAAUUUGAAAAUUGUUUUUGUGUGUGUGUGUGUCCUCCCUCUUUAGAUAGAUGCAGUAGUAGUCAUUUUGGAGCCAUGGAGCUAAACUUAGUUAGAUUAGAAAUGCCUUACCUGAAUUUGUCAGAAGCCAAAAAUGUACUUAUUUUCAUUCCAUACACUAUGAUUCUACUUAAAAGGGACUAAAACACACGCUGAUACAGGAAUGACAAACUGCUAACAGGCUUAAGAUGUAUGAAAAACACCAAAUUGGGCCAGAUCCCUACAGACCAACGCUCUGGGGAGAUGGUGGGUGUUGUAGGGGAGGCAUUAGCUAUUCAUAGCAUAUGUUUUGGGAAUUAGUCUUUGCCUGUUGUGAUAUAAGCAUAUUACAGCUGUGUGACCAUGUGCUAAUGUUUGAUGUUUAAACUAAUAGACUUUUAUCUCACCUCAUAAGAUUCUUUUGAGGAUUAAAUUAGACGCAGGAUGUAAAGUUCCACUCAACAAAGUUAAGCCAUUAUUUUUAAUAUUGUUACUAUACAUUCCUUAUGAGGGUUUUCUUACUCAGGUAUUCUGUUGCAAAGGUGUUGUUGCUACUAAUCUUUCUGGAAUGCCCUCAGAGUCUGUAACAAAUGUGUUUGAAUAUACUCACUGUUUGUGAUCUUUUAGUCUCUGAGAACAGGUUGAAGUUUAGGAAACAGCUAAAAAUCCGAUGAUUAAGGAAGAUGAGCAAGCUAAUGACGCCAUUUAUAAUUAAAAACAAAGCACAACUGUAAACUAAUAGAUUGGUUUUCUUACUGGGGAGAAUUCUGAUUCUCUGAAGGCAAUUUCCAAUGAGGAAUGUUUUGAACAAUGGCGGCAUUGUCUGUCCACCCAUGAGGACUGCCUUGGAAGAUACUCAAGUUGCACCAUCACAUAGGAACCACAGUGGAAAGAAGACAGAGCAUCUUACCCAUUCCAUUGUUCCAGCUACAGAAAGGACAGUAUUAAAAUAUUAUAAAACAUUAUAGAUUGCUGUGGAAAAUAAUGUUAGAGUUGUCCUGAGAGUAUUUGUAGAAGGAGAAUGCUAGAUAAACAGUUCCUGGUGAAUGCUGCCUGGAUGUUUUGGAUAAAGUGUUCAACCUCAUACCAGAAGGCCUGCAAUUAUAAAUAUUUUAUGUGGUCUUAACCAAGUAACCGAAGCCUCUUAUGCCUUAGUUCCCUCACUUGGGAAAUGGGAAUGAUGUAUGAUCAUUUAUAAUCAAGUUUAUAACCAUCUUUCUAUAAACCCACCUGCCCAUCACAUAGGGUUUGUUGUGAACAUAAAAUAAGAUGUGGUGAAAAUACUUUUACUGUAUAAAUUGUAACAUAAGUGUGGUAGUAAUGGUUGUUUUUGGUGAAAUAUUUUUGGAAUCUUAUAAGAUGCUUUUGCUUUUUAGUCCCGGGGUAACUUGCAUGAGCACCUACAGAAUAUCUAACACUCUAGGUGCUAUGAAGCAGGUUUCUCUGCCCUUCACAGUCUUACAGUCUGGUAAUGACAUGGCGUGUCCAUAUGAGAAGGUCACUGAUAGACCAGAUAAGUACAGUAAAACAUUUGUUCAUUGCCAUUGAGAGGUAUCACAGACUUUCAAAGCAUGUUUUUAAUGAAGUCUUUCAAAAGAUUGAUAGAUACUUCUCAGUUUUCUCAAGCCAAGUAUAUUGAGCUUAGUGGGGCUUCACUUGUUUUUAAAAUGUUUUUGUUUUUGUUCCCACACUCAAUAAAUCUAAAUGAAAUUCA